AUGAAACCGAAGUCGGAACUGCGGAACGGUAGUCAACAUACGAGACCAAAAAGUAUGGAACAUUCGGCACCACCGGUUACGCUUUUAUCCGCCCACAAGUACAAUCUGCGAAGCAUAGGACCUCCGAGAUAUGUUCAGUUUUCGGACGACGAAUGCCCCAUUUGUCUGGAAGAUUUCAGCGCACCGGUGAUCGCAAAUUGUGGCCAUUCGUUCUGCACAUCCUGCAUUCAGAAGUGUAUGCAGAAUGUGAAGCCUGCAGUAUGUCCGGUCUGUAAGGAACGAUUAAUCAAAAACCUGUUUCUGCACAAUAUGUCAUACUCGAAUCAUCCGGAUGCAGUUUCAUCAAUCGCGAAAUACCGAAAUAGUGUGACUACAAUGGAGAAGAAUCGAAACUCAAAACUUUCCAACCUAUCCAAGAAGGCAGCGAAUUGA